AUGAAUAAAUCAUGGCGGACUUAUUUACUGUGGUUUGCCCAAGAGCAUACAGAAUUCAGAUUUGCAGAAAUUAAGUCAUUAUUAUCUCUCCUUAAAAUUGAAAUGAAGUUUAUUGAAGAACCAAAAGAUAUUGAACCUUACUGGAUUGUCCAAUUUAACUCAGAAAGUGAUGUAAAACUUUUAGCAAGUAGAUCUGUUUCCCUUAGGAAUUGUUUAGAACUUUGGGCACAUGCAAAAACAAUCCCAGACUUGCAUAAUAAAUUAAAAAACUAUCCAAUUAAUUCAUUAAAACCUUAUUUUCAGCCUAAUAAAUCAUUUAAAAUUGAGGUGGAGACUUUUUGUAGGCAUUUUACUCAAAAGGAAAAAGUUAAUAAGUUAGAGACAUUCGAUUAUUUACCUCUUUGUGGACCAGUAAAUUUGAAUAAUCCUGACAUCACUUUGCAAUAUAUUGAAUAUUAUGGUACUAGAGCCAACGAUCCACCAGAGUUACCAUAUGAUGUAUUUUUUGGUAGAUGGGUUUCAAGCGGUUUGCGCCAAUUGAUUAAAAAAUUAUCACUAAAAACGAGAAAAUUUAUAGGUAAUACAAGUAUGGAUGCACAACUAUCGUUGCUAAUGGCAAAUCAAGCAAAAAUUAAAGUUGGUGACAUUGUAUUAGAUCCAUUUGUUGGAUCUGGUUCACUGCUAGUAGCAGCUGCACAGUUCGGAGGUUAUGUCUUAGGAACAGACAUUGAUUAUUUGAUGCUCCAUGGAAGAACAAGACCUUCAAGAAUAAAACAGAAGGUUAGAGAACAGGAUGAGAGUAUUAGAGCCAACAUGCAGCAGUAUAAUUUGGGCCAUAGGUACUUAGAUGUAUUAGUCAAUGAUUUUUCAGUACCUUUCUGGAAAGAUGAAUUUAAAUUUGAUGCCAUCAUUACAGAUCCCCCAUACGGAAUAAGAGAAGCCACUGAAAAGAUUGGAACUACCAAACAAAACUAUAAGGUGAAAGAAGAACAUUUAUCGACACACGUUCCAGCUAAGAUAGAUUAUGGAAUAUCUAAUAUAUACAGGGACUUAUUGCUAUUUGCUGCGAAGCAUCUUAAAGUUGGUGGUUGUGUGGUUUGUUGGUUUCCAGUAUUUAGAGAGGACUAUAAUGAAAAAUGCUUACCCUCACAUCCCUGUUUUACCCUAACUGGCAACUGUGAACAGGGUUUGUCAAAAGUUACUUCUAGGAGAUUAUUGACAUUUGAAAAGAUUAGAGAGCCGACUGCUGAAGAAUUACAGUUUUUUGAAUCAGAAAUAUCUGACUUCAGAGAAAGGUAUUAUAUUGCCAGAGAAGAAACUAGGAAGGAUAGGAGAAUGAAAGAAGCUAAAACUAGGCAAGAAAAUAGAGAAAAAUAUGAAAAAACAAACAAUAAUUAA